AUGCAGCAGUUACAGCAGCGUAAAAUAACCAUAAUGAUGAUCAUACUGAACCUUUUUUCUCAUAAUUUUCAAAGGGAUUCAAGGGUGGUUGGAGUUUGGAUUUCUUAUGAGGGUUUUAUUUUUCGGCCUUGUCGUCUCACGCACUACCCAAGCCCAGACUUGGCUAAAUUUUCUCAAAAUUAG